AUGAACGGUCCUCAGAACUGGUCUCGGGAGUCAUUGCCCAACUACACCGACAACUUUCUCGUUAGCCCGGCCGAUCUCGACGAGAGCCUCAUUUAUAUCCAGUGCCAAGAGAAGUUGUUCCGCAUUAGCUUCAGCACGAUAAGAAAGUACUCGACAUACUUUCAGCGCCCCGGGACCGUGUAUGUCAUCGACGACCAGACCCCGGAGACCGUCGGCGCCUACCUCUACUUCAACGAGCGCUUGGUCUUCUCCCCCGACCCGGAGCACAUCACCCCCUUCAGCAGCGUGCUUCCGGACUCGCGCUACGUGGAGCAGCACAUCGGCGACAUCCUCACCGACUGGCGCCACUACUACCGCCACCCUGUUGACCACGACAGGCUGGAGAACCCAGAGUGGUGCGUCCUUGACAACUUUGGGGCGGCGUACCAGCUUUGCGUCGACAUGAGAUGGGACAUUCAAGCCAGCGCCAUUGUUCAGUCGUUCGUGCGGAACAUCAAAGAUGACGAGUGGGACGAUUGGGAGGAGAAUCUAGCGGAGGAGUCCCUUACAUUCUUUUGGCGCGCUGAGAACGGGUUAGCAGAAAUCAGGGAGGCACAGCGCCUUGCUGAGGCCAGGGACGCUCAACAACUUGGUGAGGUCAGGUCUGCCGUGGACAUAUAUGUGGAUGGAGUUCUGGCGGGGGAAGCCCUUCGCAACGGUCGUUAG